CGUUGACCUUCAACUUUGUUUUUUGUCUUACGACAAGUUCGGUCACGAUGAAAACGCUCCUACGUGUCAUCUUUCAUCCUCUAAGGUCACUAAAUCUCUGGGCAGACGAACAUCGAGAUGACGAGGGAAUUGACGUCCUCUACGCACUGACAGUGUUUUUCGCGCUUGGGAUCUGGCUUGUCAUUCAGCGGGAGAGAAGGAUGAAAAAUAGCGCUAUCCCAUUCAGAUUCAGGGCACCGGUGGAAGCAGAUCCUAAAUGGACUUCAAAAAAGAUUUCUCAUCCCAACCUCGAGUCGCACCUCACUGAACCCGACUUGUUACUGGUUCCCCCUUCUCAAGGACGACGCUACAUUACCAGCUUUGACCCGAGUAAUGGGCUUCAUAUUGCGACAACCCUCGCAGAUAAUGCUGCUGAAAUUAGGGCCAAAAUUGAGAAAGCCGUAGAAGCACAAAAAGAAUGGAAACAUACGGAUUGGACGCAACGUAGACGAGUCAUCAGGAGCUUGCAAAAAUGGUUGGUUGAAAACCAGGAGCUCUGCGCGCGCGUGGCUUGCCGGGAUACUGGAAAGACGCUGAUCGACGCGGCACUUGGAGAGAUUCUUACCACCUGCUCGAAAAUGGAAUGGCUUAUGGAACAUGGAGAACGUGUUUUGCGACCAGAGAAGAGGUCGCGAAAUACGAUUUUGACCUACAAGGAAUCUCAUGUUCACUUCGAACCGUUGGGUGUCGUUGCUGCCCUUGUUUCCUGGAACUAUCCUCUUCACAAUGCAUGGUCCCCAAUCUUGGCCGCAAUUUUUGCUGGCAAUGGUAUCGUCCUCAAAUGUUCUGAAAAUGUUGUUUGGUCGUCGGGAUGGUUUGUCAACGUCAUUAAAGACUGUCUUGCGACCUGUGGGCAUGAUCCUGAGCUAGUACAGCUCGUAUGUUGCUGGCCUGAGGACGCAGAUGCUCUGACAAGAUCGCCUCUGAUUAAACACAUAACGUUUAUUGGUUCUGAGACCGUAGGACGCAAGGUGGCCAUCGCUGCCACUGAGCAUCUCACGCCAGUUACAUUGGAGCUUGGUGGAAAGGAUCCUGCUAUCAUCCUGCCAAACACUGAACUUGACAAAUGGAUCAGCAUGUGGAUGCGUGGUAUUUUUCAGAAUGCCGGGCAGAAUUGUAUCGGUAUUGAAAGACUCCUUGUCCACGCCUCGCAGUUUGAUAAGCUGUUCGAUAUGCUCAAGGAACGGAUUGACAAACUACGGUGUGGUUCGGUGAUGUCUCCCUCGGCUGAAGGUUAUCUUUCACCUGUAGAUGUCGGUGCAAUGAUCUCAGGGGAACGGUUUGAGGGUCUCAUGGCAUUAAUCAGAGAAGCAGACGAGGAUGGCGCUACGUGUGUGGGUGGAGGCGAAUACAAGCAUGUCUAUCACGAUUCCGGAACCUACUUCAAGCCCGCACUGGUCGGCAUAACGAACGGUAUCACGGACGGACGUCCAGCUAUCACACAACACGAAGUCUUCGCGCCUGUCGCUCUCGUCAUCCCGUAUGAGAACGUCGACGAAGCUGUUGAGAUUGCCAACGGCACUCGUUACGGACUGGGCGCGAGCGUGUUUGGUCCUGACCAGGAGCAAUGCGUGCAAGUCGCGAAACGACUGGAAUGUGGAAUGGUUUCUGUUAACGAUUUCGCGGUUUUCUAUCUCAACCAAGAUUUACCCUUUGGUGGCACAAAGGCCAGCGGUUAUGGUCGCUUUGGUGGUCCCGAAGGACUUCGUGGUCUUACGAACUCCAAGGUUAUUGUUGUCGACAGAUGGCCAUCGAUGAUUCAAACUGGUAUCCCCAAAGUGCUCGAUUACCCUAUUCGCUCGCUUUCGAUAAGCCUCGAGUUUACGACCGGUCUUGUGCGUUUCUUGUAUGCGGAAGGGCGGAGAGCUAGACUACAAGGCUUAAUGAGGUUGAUUCAAGCUGUCAGGAAAUAGCAAGUCGUUGUUUCGGAUUCUAUCUAGUUUCUCAUUUACGGACUAUUAAUCAUAUUGAUGAAUGAGGGCUGCCCAGUUUGUGGAAGUAAGUAGAAGUGCCCAGCUGGUUCGGAGAUGUUAUGUUGUGACACAACUCCA